GGCCAAGAUGGCUCAUUUACGCGAUAAUGCCUACUACCAACGGUAUCUUGAGGGUGUUGCCAGUGGAGAGAUUGUCCUGCCUGAGUACACGACGAUGCUGGGGUCUGUUGUUCUGCACUAUGGGGAGGUCUUCUGCCGGGUAAAGGACUGCUAUAAGGCAAAGAAACCGUUUUCGGCCACCAACAAUCUCCGCAGCCACAUCCGUUCACAUAAGAAUAUUACGGUGUAUGAUGGUGGUUCGGGCCGAGCCAGUCAAGCAGAUAUUGAUAAGGCCGUUGCAUUUUAUAAGUCAUUGGUUGAUCAUGAUGGGGAUGAUGAGGACGAUAAUGAUGAUGAUGAGGAUGAGGACGAGGAUGGGGAGCAUGGGGAGCAUGGGGAUGGGGAGAAUGAUGAUGCAAGUGAUGAUGGACAGGCAAUGGCUAAACUCCCGAAGAUUAUCUGGCGGAAGGAUGGCAAAGCACCAAAUCUUACGGCUAUGAGGAAGCUUUGCAAGGAGCUUGGCAUUGAGUUCCCUUGCAAAUAUUGCAAGGAACAGGGCAUCACUUGUAUUCAAGAUGUGAAGAAUUGCCUUGUCUUUGAUGAUUUUGAUCCAGAGGAUUAGGUCAGGUGAAAACAUUUGAUAACUGAUUGUCAAGCAGUUGUUUUUUCUUCUUCAUGUUAAAUAGGAGGGGCUAAAUGAUCAAUGAAUAACUAAUGAUGAACUGAUUAAUAAGUG